AUGCGCGACCCGGAGGCCGAUGCAGGGCCGCCGGUCCGUCUCUCCGCCGGGCCGCUAGCCGCUGUGCCCACUGCCCCGUCCGUCGGCAUGUCCCGACGCGCGCACGACCGAUGCUUGGAGCUGGAGCGCAUCAUUACUGGCCGCUUCCUGGUCGCCAGUCCCGCCUCGGUUCGCGCCUUCAACCAGCUCCUCACCGCCGUCUCUCGCGCCCAGGGAAGGAGCUCCUCAACCUCUGCGCUCGUCGUCUCCCUCUUCAACCGGAUGGUCCGUGCCCGUGCCUCCCCAAAUAAGGUAGCUGUAGCUCCCGACCUGCACACCUACAACAUCAUCAUCUGCAGCUUCUGUAGCAUGGGCUGCCUUGAUCUCAGUUUCGCCACCUUUGGUCUCGUCAUUAAGACGGGUUUUAGGGUGGAUGCCACAGUCAUCAGUCCGCUUCUCAAAGGUCUCUGUGACCGGAAGAGGAUGCGCGAGGCAAUGGACGUGUUGCUCCGACGAAUGACUGAGUUUGGCUGCACGCCGGAUGUAUUUUCAUACAGCAUAAUCCUCAAGGGUUUCUGCAAUGAAAGGAGAGCUGAGGAGGCACUUGAGCUGCUCCACAUGAUGGCAGAUGAUGGAGGUGGUAGCUGCCCACCAAAUGUUGUGUCGUACAACACCGUCAUCAAUGGCUUAUUUAGAGAUGGCCAUGUGGACAGAGCUUACAACCUAUUUUGUGAAAUGGAUGAUAGGGGGAUUUUGCCGACUGUUGUGACCUACAUCAUAGUCAUUGACGGCCUGUGCAAAGCUCAAGCGGUUGACAAGGCCGAGGGCAUCCUUCAGCAGAUGAUUCACAAAGGCGUCAAGCCAGACAAUCAGACAUAUAAUUGUCUAAUCCAUGGAUAUUGCUCUUCAGGACAAGGGAAAGAGGUGGUUCGAAUGCUCAAAGAAGUGUCCGCACAUGGUCAUAAACCAGAUGUUGUCACUUGUAGUUUGCUACUGGAUUAUCAUUGCAAGAGUGGAAGAUGCACAGAGUCUAGAAAGAUUUUUGAUUCUAUGAUUGAAAAGGGAACAAAACCUAAUGUAACUACAUAUAAUACUCUGCUUAAUGAGUAUGCUACCAAAGGAGCUCUUUCUGAUAUGCAUGGUCUCUUGGAUUUGAUGGCAGGAAAUGAUAUUUCACCUGAUCAUUAUACCUUUAACAUAGUUCUCUGGGCAUAUGCUAAUGGUGGUAUGAUAGAUGAGGCAAUGCAUAUAUUUGUCCAAAUGAGACAGCAAGGGUUGAGUCCUGAUGUAGUUAGCUAUGGAGCAAUUAUAGAUGCACUUUGCAAGUUGGGAAGAGUGGAUGAGGCUGUGCUUAAAUUCAAUCAGAUGAUCUAUGAAGGGAUGACUCCUGGUAUCGUUGUUUUUAGCUCACUAGUUUAUGGACUGUGCACUAUUGACAAAUGGGACAAGGCUGACGAAUUAUUUUCUGAAAUGCUGAAUCAAGGGAUCCAUCCCAAUGCCACGAUCUUCACCAAAAUAAUGCAUGACCUUUGCAAUAGAGGACGGGUUGCGGAAGCUCAGAGUCUCCUUGACUUGAUGGUACGUGUAGGUGUGAGGCCUGAUGUUAUCUCGUUUAAUACAUUAAUAGAUGGCUACUGCUUAGCUGGUAGGAUGAAGGAAUUUAUGAAGUUACUUGAUGAUAUGGUCCGAGUUGGCUUGAAACCAAAUGUCGUUUCUUAUAAUACUUUGCUUCAUGGCUAUUGUAGAGCUGGCAGGACAGGUGAUGCAGUUAGACUAUUCAGAGUAAUGUUAAGCAAUGAAGUUAAGCCUGAAAUUGUCACUUACAGCAUUGUACUUCAUAGUUUAUUUCAGUCUGGGAAGUUUUCUGAAGCAAAAGAACUCUAUCUCAAUAUGGUCAAUAGUGGAAUACAGCUCAACCUUUACACGUACAACGUAAUUCUGAAUGGUCUUUGCAAAAAUAAAUGUGUUGAUGAGGCAUUUAAAAUAUUUCAGAGUCUAUGUUCUAAGGGUUUUCAACUUGACAUCAUUACCUUCAACAUUAUGAUUGAUGCUUUGCUAAAAACUGGCAGAAAGGAAGAUGCUAUAGAUAUGUUCGCUGCUAUCUCUGCCCAUGGUUUAGUUCCAAAUGUUGGGACCUAUUGCGUAAUGAUACAAAAUCUCAUAAAAGAAGGGUUGCUAGAAGAGUCCGGCAAUCUAUUUUUAGCAAUGGAAAAGAGUGGAUGCGCUCCAGACUCAUAUAUGUUAAAUUCUCUUGUUAGGAGGCUGUUGCAUAGAGGUGAGAUAAUGAGGGCUGGGGCUUACCUCUCCAAAAUUGAUGAGAUGAACUUCUCACUUGAGGCAUCCACUACUUCCUUUCUAAUAUCAGUUUUCUCAAGGGAGGAGUAUCAGCACCAAAUGAUGUCCCUGCCUAAAAAGUAUCAUUUUCUUGUGGAUGUCAAGAAAUGAAUGUUGUGUUCGAUGAAUCAAAUUCUCAACAAUGCUGAUACAUCUCAAUGGGAUAUGUUAAUUGGUUGAAGUAAUUAUUCAUGUCCCAUGCUCUAAUUUACUUAUGAUGUUCUGUUGUCCCAUUUGUUUCUUUCUAGAGGAAUGUUUUUGUGUUGGUGCAGUUAAGUGUUUAUCUCCAGGUAAAAUUAUCUUUAAGCUUUACAGCAGAAUCAGUUUACAAAUUAACUGGCAGCACUUAAGCCUCUGCAUUUUGUUGUUUGUUUGUGGAGAUACCCUGCACUCAUGGUGAUAAAAUAUAUGAUCUGGACCUCUUGAUCCUUGAUGUGAUUCCUAUAAUUUAAGCUGGGAACUGAUCUAUUCAUCAUGCAGUGGGUUCGAUGAGGACAUGAUUGAUGGCGAACAUGGCAAAAAAAAAA